UUGCUCCCUCCCAGUCCUGGACCCCUGUGGCUUCUUGUCUCCAUUGUCCCCACUGAGAGUGAGACAGAGAACUAGACCUGCUUGGCUUUUCCUGGGGAGGAAACAAGAACGUUGGAGCUGAAGGUGUCUGAUAGUGUUCUUCUUUACAAGCCACUGAUGUGCAGCCUCCUCCAUAGUCUGAGGGGAUUUAUUCUCAAGCAUACACAAGACUGCAGCUUUUGACUGUGCUCCUGAUAGCUCUCGGAGGUCACCCAAAGUCUCAACAGUAGGCAUGGGACUUUGCAAGGCAGCUGCAGUGGGUGGGGGCAACACUGGAUUAUUCCCCUUCCCUGGGUUUUAGGAGUGACUGCAUCAGGAGGAGGAAUCUGCUAGAUCCUGGGACACCCUCCCCGAGUCCUUUAGGUUGCUCUGCCUAUUGCUUCAAUUCAGGAGUGCCAUGAGCUGAAGCCUUCAUACAUACCCAAUGAAUUCAGUCCCUCGAGUUCCUGUUACAUGAGCCAAGCAACUUCGUCUGCAGCCCUGUGGUCCAAACAAGAGCAUCCCUGGAACUGCACCAGGACACCUCCUGCAAGCUGAGAGGAAGGUUUGCUUGCAGAGACCUCCCUGGUUAGCAGCAGGAAGUGCCACAGUCAUGCCUGCCCCAAAGCCACUGCUCUGAUGGCAGUAAGGGCAAAAGGAGAGAAUUUGGGGGGCAGGUGUGAGAGGUGGAUCAGGCAAUGUUGAGAUCUUCCUGAUCCAAAGCCCCUUGUCUCCCAGAAUUGCCCCUGGAGUAGAGUGGAGAGGUAUGCCAGCCCUCAGGCUAAUAUACUUCAUUUUCCUCCAUUAAGAUCAGCAGGAUAGGAGGAUUAAAAGACAAACCACUGGCAAAAAUGAAGGGGGCAUGAAAAAUAGCCACACACUGCUUACAUCUUGGCUAGUGCAAACCCUGGAGGGUUUAAGGAAGAUAUGGUUCCUGCACAACAGACUCUCCCGAUGCCCAUAUAAGAUUGCUGUCUCCUCCUGCAACCCUAUGCAAACCUGACUGACAGUAAACGUUAAAGAUUUGACCUGCAUUCAAGCCAACCCGAAUUUAUCAUUGAACAGAUUAAUUUGAACAUGUCAGGACUGGCUCCAGGUGUGACGAAUUCCUUCUCCUCAGUGGAUUUCAUACAGAAAAAUAGUGUUCAGCUCAUUCAGAAAAUGCUGAUGCCAACUAUCGAGCAAAUUAUUGAUGAGUUUUUUGCACAAUCUGUUUUGUCUGAUGAAGAACAAGAUAUCAUCAUGUGUCAGAAGACUAGGCGGGAUGCUGCAAGAGCUUUGAUACGCUUAAUUUUGAAAAAGGGUGAAAAAGCCUGUGAAUUUUUUAUUAAAGCUCUGGAGAAAAUAGACUUUUUGCUUUUUCAGAAUCUACUAGGAUAUCGUGGUGCUGGGCAAAUGACCCAAGAAGACUUCAAUUGCUUGGUUGAGGAUUUAACAGACUUUUAUAGUCUUCCAUCAUUUCAACAGUUUCAUCCAUUAGGAGGAGAAAUUGAUAUUAUUUUCAAUCUGACAAAGACUUAUACUGAUAUCUUGCUUUGGAAGAAAGACAUCCAUAAUGUCCAGCUAGGACAGCUGUCUUUAAAUGCCCUUUUAGAUGAACUUAAAAAUCCCUGUAUCAUAGAAGGAGAAGCUGGGAAAGGAAAAACAACUCUCCUUAAGAAGAUUGCUUUACUCUGGGCUAAUGGAGAUUAUCCUUCCUUGCUAAAAUAUAAGCUUGUUUUCUUCAUUCGACUAAGUGAUGCUCAGACAGGAUUGUAUGAGACCGUGUGUGAGCAGCUUCUUAAAAAGGAAUACAGGAUAUGCAAAGAGGACUUUAUGGAGCUACUUGAUUCACUAAGAGAAAAAGUCCUCUUUCUAUUAGAUGGCUAUGAUGAAUUCCAAUCCCAGAAUUGCCCAGAAAUAGAAUCACUGAUCAAAGAGAACCAUAAAUUUAAAAACACAGUCAUUGUUACUACAAGGACUGAGUCUAUUAGCAGUCUGAGGCUGUUUGGGUCACUGAUUGCUAAGACAGGUGAUCUAACUAAGGAAAGUGCAAAACAGCUAAUUAGAAAUGUACUGAGAACUGAGUUAGCAGAGGGCCUGUUGUCUCAGCUGGAGAGAACAGAUUCUACUUUUCAGCGAUCAGGCUCUCACUUUGACAACUUAAUGAAGACCCCUUUAUUUGUGGUUAUUGCUUGUGCCAUCCAAAUGGGAGAAACCAUGUUUAAUCCACAGACACAAACCACUCUGUUCUCCACACUAUAUGAUUUGCUGGUGGGGAAAAACAAGUACAAAACCAGAGAGAUACCUGAUAAACACUUUCGCCUAAGCUUAAUUCACUGUGGAGAUUUAGCCUUAAAUGGAGUCUUUGACAACAAAGUUAAUUUCUACCCUGAGGAUUUCUCCAGUGUGAAAGAACAGGUCCUGUUAACUACAGGCCUCAUGCAUAAGUAUGCAGCUCAGAAACUAACAGCAGUAUACAGAUUUUUUCAUAAGUCUUUUCAGGAAUACGUUGCAGGCAGGAGACUUUCCAGACUAUUGAUAUCCAAUAGGAAUGAAGAAGUGACAAGAGGAUAUAGUUACCUACAAAAAAUUAAUAGCGUCUCAGAUGUUAUUAGUACCUACUACAGUUUACUCCUGUAUACCUGUGGAUCAUCAUCUGAAGCUAGUAAAAAGGUUAUCAAUCAUCUGUCAACCAUUCAUCAUCAAGGCAAACUUUUUGUAUUACCUUCCUCCCCUGAUCAAUUGUCAGAAGCAGAACCCAUGAAGAAUGAAGGAAAUGCUCGAGAAGAAGGAUUAAGUGCAACUUUGGGGAACUCAUUUGUGGAGUGUGCCAUUAGUUUUCUUUAUGAAAGUUUCUCUGAAACAACUGAGAGAGAGGAGUUUGAGGAAUUCUUCCAUGGCAAAACCCUAUACAUAAAUACCCAGAGCAUUCCUACAUACAUAUGUGGGUUUUUUGAAUACUUCUCUAAUUGUGUGAGCAUGCUAGAAUUCAUCAAAUUAGAUUUUUGGGGCAGCUCUUCUUGGGGAGAGGCAAAAGAGGAGACAGGAACUAAAAUGCCUUUGUGGAAAACAGUCAUCCCCGAAAAGGCAGUCUCCUUGUUCUUCAACUGGGAACGAAAGCUCAACUCUUUAGAGAUUACACUGAAAGACUUUAAGAAAUUAGAAAAAGGUGAUGUUAAGUAUCUGGAAAAAAUUUGCUGCUCUGCUUCAAGACUCAGGCUGCAUAUCAGCACAAGUCCUGGCCUCACUGGAAAGCUGAAGGAAGUCCUCUCUAGCUGUACCAACCUGCAUGACCUAACUGUGGACUCAACACCUCUUACAACAGAGGAUGAGCAACAGAUAACCAAAAUGAUAGCCCUGAAAACCAUAAAGUUAAAAGAUCUACAGAAUGGAAGUCUAGAGGGUCUUCUUGAUGGAAUGCCCACCCUUGUCGAUACGGAAAAGCUUACCUUUGACAACAUCAGGAUGAAUGAAGCUGCAGCCAAAAAAUUAGCUGAAGGCUUAAAAAAACUGAAAAAACUACAGUUGUUGUGGUUGAAUAAUCUUACUGAUAUUAGAGAUGGAAUAACACAUAUAGUAAAGUCGAUAUCCUUCUGCCUCAGAGAUCUGAAGGAAAUUCGCCUAGUCAACUGCUGCCUCUCCAGGACUGCUGUGGAAAUUCUAGUCCAGAAUAUUUGCAAUUUACCGAAGCUUCAUUCACUUGAUUUAUCUGAUAAUUUUCUGGGAGAUGCUGGAAGGGAACCUCUUUGCAGAUUGGUUGAUAGCUUAAAUAUCUUACCCAAGAUGAAAGUGCUGAUGCUCCCCUGGACAGAUGAAGUAUACACCUUCCUAGUUAAGCUAGAACAGCUAACAAGAAUGCCACAACUGACAGCACUCGGGCUGAAGAAAUGGGCUAUCACAGACUCAGAUGCUGCGAUUCUUGGUAAGCUUUUUGCAAAGCCAUCUCUGAGAGAUCUCCAGCAUCUGGACAUCGCAGAGAACUGCAUGACAAGUGAUGGGUGGCUUGCCUUUCUACAGGAGUUAUUGACUCUGAAGAAAUUGACUUUUUUAGAUUUCAGCCGAGAGCAAGGAUUUCUGCCUUCGGCCUUGUUAGUCUUGGAGAUGGCCCGUACAAUAACCCAGUUGGUUUCUUUGCAAGAUAUCAACUUGACUGGCUGGCAGUUUGAUGCUCAUGAGCUGAGAGAAAUUAACAAAGCAAAGCAAAAGCACAGAAAUGCAUUGCAAGUGAUUAUUUCAGAAGCAGGGCCAUCCACUGCCACAACCACAUUAAACCCAAGACUACCAGAAGGGGCUUUCUGACACAUCCUUAACACCUGGAUUUUGUAGCUGUUAUGUGCUGUCAAGUUGUCUCUGACUUAUACGAAUCCUGUGAAUGAAAGCCCUCCAAAGCAUCCUGUCCGUUCCAGCUCCAUUCAGCCCCUCCAAGUUCAGCCUGUGGCUUCAGUCCUUCUCAUAUUUGAUCUUCUCUUUCAUCUUCUGCCUUCAACUUUCUCUAUAAUGAUUGUCUUCCAGGGAGUCUUGCCUGUCUCAUGGUGGGUCCCCCUCCACCCUAAUUUUUGCUUCUAGGAAAGCUCUGGAUUUGGUCUAGGAUCCAAUUGUUAGUCCAGGUCAUUCACAAUGCUCUCCUCCAGCACCAUGUUUUGAAUGCAUCAAUCUUAUUCCUAUCAGCUUUAUUCACUAUUUUUUAUUAAUCGGCAGCCCCAUGUGACCAAAGAUUUGCACAUAGGUACUUUGGUAGUAGGUGUUUAAUCCCUUCUGCUUGUGCCCUUCCCCAGAUGUAACUUGCUAUCUCCCUCCCUAAUGUUCUGAUGGGCUGGUGAAGAGAGAGAAUUCAUGUGUUGUGCCUGUCUUCUCCAUCUCCAAAGGAUAUCAGUGGUAGGAAUGAGUGGGAUUUACACUGGUGUGAGGGCACAGGAGGAACAGGUUAAAAACAUACUCUCCAGGAUGAUACUUCCUGGAUCUUCAAAGUAGUCAUAUUGUCAUUGUUUUUAUUAUUAUUUAUAAUCAUGUUAAAUCACAGGAUCUUCUGCAACAGAUUCAGUUUGGUCCUAGUGCCAGACUUACUCAAUGGCCUGAGUAACCAAGAGACUUGAACUUAGAAUCAUAGGGUGGUAGAGUCAGAAGGGGCCAGUACAGCCAUCGGGUCCAACCCACUGUUCAGUGCAGGACUCUGGAUUACCAUCUUGGGGCUGCAGAUGUUGUUUCCUUCUGCCCUCGGCUUCACAAAAGCCAAGUCCAAUAUUAAAUAUUACUGGUGAAGAAUUAAAGCCAGAAACCACUCCUUUUUCUGAUGAAGGAAAUAAUCCAAGAAGGGGAAUGGUCUAGACAUAUUAUGACUGAUCUGUUGGAGGGACAGACCUUUGGAAACUUCACCUCAUUUCUCUGUUUAAGGGAUCUUCCAAUGUCCUUUUCCAUAUCAUUCCUUUAGUCACAGGCAGUCUUCCAUGUCUGCCAGUAAAGCCUUCUGUUUCUCAUCUUUUCAAUUAUUGAUUCAUCCUCCAUUACAUCAUUCUUGCCUCACCUUUAUCAGGCCUUCUGUUGUCCCUUCAUGUAUUUUUGGUACCACAUCAAGCAGGUUUAGUCUGUUUUGAGACUUUAUCAGAUGUUUUUCAUUUCUUUUUUCUGUAUUUGCUUUAUACUGUAUGUCAACCUGAAAUAUGAUAUAAUGAAGGGCAGAAUAAAAUGUGAAAUGAA